GCAGACAGAGCUGAAAGAACAGAUGUGUCAGUGGUGCUGAAUUACAGUAAGAAUAGAGAAAGAAGGGAUGAGAGACAGAGAGAGAGAAAAGAAAUCAGGAAUAGCAUUUGGCAAUACUUGCUGAACUUGUCAUGCCAAUAAAGUAUUUGAACUUGAACCUGAGAGAGAGAUAGAGAGGAGAGGGGGAGGAGAGAGGAGGGGAACAGGAGAGAGAGAGAGAGAGAGAGAGAGAGAGAGAGAGAGAGAGAGAGAGAGAGAGAGAGAGAGAGAGAGAGAGAGAGUAUAUAUCUGUAAGAGGCUCGCUUGCACCUCAAUGUUACAGUAGAGCCACAGCUCCUGUCCACGGACUCGAUCACAAGCAAACCGAACCCGACCGGAUCAAGACCUCGCCUUCACUGCCACCUUGCAAGAUGCUGAAUCACUGGACACGGAACCAAAAGUGAUCGCGCUGCAAACAUGUCCUCGCUGGCGCUGGAGGAGCUGUGUCACCUGACCGCACAGUCUCUGACCUCACUAGAGCUCCGCGAUCACUUCCGCGUCAUCAGGCAGCUGGGUGAGGGGUCGUAUGGGGAGGUCCUGCUUGCCAUACACAAGGAAAAAGGUACUCCGAUGGCUCUGAAGCUCUGUCCUCGCAGAUCCAGCUCCAAGCUCUCGUUCCUGCGUGAGUACUGCGUGUCUCUCUCUCUCUCCGCUCAUCCCUCCAUCAUCGGUGUGUUUGGGAUCGUGUUCCAGACUCCGCUGCUCUUUGGCUUCGCUCAGGAGGUGGCAGCGUGGGGAGACCUCUUCCAAAUCAUCCUGCCCCAGGUGGGAGUGCCUCCUCUCUGGGCUCAGCGUGUUCUCUCUCAGCUCUCUCUAGCUCUUGAUUUUCUUCACUCCAAGGCUCUGGUUCACCGCGACGUGAAGCCCGAGAAUGUUCUGCUGUGCGGCCCGGAGUGCCGGCGGAUCAAGCUGUCGGACUUCGGGCUGACGAAACACAGGGGGUCCCGAGUCCGGGGGACCAGGGGACCCGUGCCCUACAGCGCCCCCGAGCUGACUAUAGAGGGAGGUGAGGGGGAGGGGGGAGGCGAUGAGGGGGAGGGACUCAGUGACAUCGGGAGUGAUGUCACUGCGACUGCUGAUAUCAAUGGCAAUGCUAAUGCUAAUGUCAAUGUUAAUGUUAGUGGCAAUGCUAAAGCUAAAGGUAAUGUCCCUGCUGCUUCCCUCUCCCCUGGGCCGUGGCGGCUGGCUCUCCCCAGUCUCGACUCCUGGGCCCUGGGCGUGCUCACCUUCUGCCUGCUCACAGGGUGCUUCCCCUGGGAAAGGAGCUGCCCCUCCGACCCGCUCUACAGGGACUUCAUCCGCUGGUUCGAGAGCCGGGACUCUGCUGGGGGGACUGGGAGGACUGGGAGCUCUGGAGUUGAACUGCCUGCUGAUGAGGAUGAGAAUGAGAAAUGGGGCUCUGCCCACCUCCCCCCUGCUCAGUUCCGUAGCUUCACCCCUCUCGCUCUCUCACUCUUUCGGGGGCUCCUGACCCCCAACCCCCAGGUCAGGGCCACGCCCAGAGAAGCCCUUGAAUACCUGAGAGGCCCCUGGGUGAAUGAGAGAGAGGGGGAGGGAGAGGGAGGGGUGGAGGGCGAGAGAGGAGGAGAGACAGGAGGAGAGAGGGAAGAAGAGAGAGGAGAGGGAGUGGGGAACUCUGCUAAGACUCAGCCCUUCAUCUCUCUCAGUGUGGAGCCAGUCCUAGAGAUUCACUGUGAACACUGACUGUAAACAUCACUGUAAAGAUGUACUGUAUAUAUUGACUGUAAAGAUUCACAGUAAAGAUACACUAAAGAUACACAGUAAACAUUCAUUCGAAAUAUUCACUGUAAAAAGUCACCAAAGAUUCACUGUAAAGAUUUACUAAAGAUUCACUGUCAAGAUUCACUGUAAAGAUUCACUGUAAAGAUUCACUGUAAAGAUUUACUAAAGAUUCACUGUCAAGAUUCACUGUAAAGCUUCACUGUAAAGAUUUACUUUAGGCAUAGAGAUUCACUGUGAAGAUUUGCAGUACAGAUUGGAGGAGUGACAUCCUGGCAUGAUGUAACCUCUCAGCUCCACAGGACAGUUUUUUAUGUCGUUUUUUCCCUCCUGUCCCUAAUUAAAAACCUUGACUCUG